AAGCAGCUUGUAUCUGACCUGCUUGCCAAGUACGGUCCAUCUUCUGUGAGGCCGGUCAAGAACUCCUCCACGCAAUCUGAAGUAUUCUUCAGGCUUCUCCCUAAGGAACUCAUUGGCUUCGACGAGGCCCAUCAACAGAUUAUGUUACUAAACUUUAUGCGAAUGAUGUGGAUUGAUGAGAAUCUAACGUGGGAUCCGAGUGAGUACGGAGGAGUCAAUAUCACCACACUACUGCCGAGCGAUGUCUGGACACCUGAUAUAUCUCUUUAUGAAAAUGCCCAGAAAGAUUUCAUCAGUAUCCAGGAAACAUAUAUCUUAGUAUCGUAUAACGGCUCUAUGGAUUGGUACUUUCCCGCCUUUGUGACAUCAGUAUGUCCAAUCGACAUCACCUACUUCCCAUACGACGUGCAAGAAUGCAAGAUUUCAAUUGGGCCUUGGGCGUACAUGAAAAGCAUGGUGCAUUUCCAGCUCUCUAAACAAGGGGACACCACUAUCGACAUAUUCAACCGAAACGGAGUAUGGAUCCUGGAACGAUCCGUUGGGGUCAACAAGGAUGCGGUCCUCUGCUGCGAUAACAGGACCUGGUCUAUCAUUGAGUACAGCAUCACCAUCCGUCGCAUGUCCAAGUUCUACACUAAGACCGUCGUCGUACCGGCCUUUCUUUUAACUCUAUUGAUGGCGCUCGUAUGUUGGCUUCAUCCAGCUUCCGGUGAGAAGGUGACCUUGGCAGUCAGUAACCUUCUGGCUUUGAUCCUCUUCCAGCAGCUCGUAGCCGAUAGGAUGCCACCGAGCGGUGAAACUACGUCCAUCAUAGUGAGUUUCUUCAUCGUGAUGAUUGCAAUGUGCUGUGCUGAGGUCCUCUGUUCAAUCUUCGUUCUCCGCAUUUAUCACAUGGGUGGUCAGACCGAGGUUCCGUGGUUGGUAAGGCGAAUCAUGCUGUGUCCCAUCAUCCUACCCCUCUACCACAGUCUAGAUAGUAAAGAGGUCUUUAGAGCGCAACAAACCAAUUAUAAAAAACAUCGCAGAUCAAAGCGUGCCAGGGAACGUAUCGAGAUUCCUCUAGAUAAAACCAAAAACCCUCAACCUCGCAACGUCAGCAUCGAGGCACCAAUAGAAACUAUUCGGGACUCCGAGGCGCCAGAUCCCGCUACCAAUGCACUUCUCGUCAACCACGCUAACAACGUACAUCGCCCUAAGAACAGCCUUGGUAGCCAUCACAAGAAUGAUAUUGACCCGGAAAGGAUUGCGCAAACUUGGCGCGAUACGGCUAUCGUUACCGAUAAGCUGAUAUUCUUCGUGUUGUUGCUGGUGACUGCUACCUCUUGGGUCUAUAUGAUCGUGUCGUUUUUAUUCCAUUCGUGAAAAUUCGGACUUAUCCGGAACAAAUCCGAAAUAAUUAUGCACACACAUGUCGAACAAGCACCAGGCCCAUUGAAUAUUUAAAGCGAUUCGGGAAAUGAAAGGUUAUAUUUGGAUGUACACUGUUUUCUAGGCCUACAAAUCCUGGACUGCUGUACAAAAGUCACACUUUCAAAAUCGACAUUGGUCUAUCUUUUAAAAUGGAAAUAUUGUAAAUUGCCACAUAAAUAGCAUUGUAAUAUUUUGUGGUUUGCUCACUGUUUAUUAGAUAGCAGUGGUUUAUCUAAUGAACCUCGUCAAUAGGAGCAAAAACUUCUGGCAAGGAAAAAAAAACAUGAUGGACAGCAGUACGCUUGAUUCACUACCCAAGUUCCCAGAUGAUUAGUAAUAAUGAUAUGUAAUUGCUUUCCAAAUGACUUGUAAUUUAUGUCAUUUCUUAAUAAGACAAAUUAGUUACUGAUGAGGUGUGUGUUUCAUUUAAUAUUACAGACGUGCGUCAAUCAUAUUUUUAUAAUGAGAUACAAAGGUCGGUCUAAGACCGACAUUGAACGUCACCAUUAAAAAAAGACGUAAUAAGGGACCGAACCUCUACAUCCAUUUGUAACUUAUCUUACAUACCUUUAAUUACAAGCGUACCCCCACAAUGCCCAGGAUAAUGAUUAAAGCUAAACUUACAGAUUUUCUGGUUUAAAUCCUACGACGUUACUAUCAUGACUAUUGUACAUCUUAAACAGUCAUUACAUUAGUCAAACAUUGUCGACAUGGUAGUUUACAAGGUUGUUGACAUUCAUCUUUGAAAAGAUUCGUUGUAACCAUCAAAUGCACGUUGGCACCUCAAGUUUCUCAGCGUUCGUAAUAUCGCCAUGUGCUGCGCUAUACGUAAUACGUUUUUAUGAUGCAUUUAUUCCACCCCUUGCCAUUUUAUAUGUUUUAAGUAGUCCUUUAAGACUCACUACCUAACUGUACAUAUCCAUUGCCCGUCUAACACUACUCCCGCAGUGCUAUCGAUUCGAAAAAAAAAAUCAAAAAGUAAUUUCAUUUAAAACUGGUUUAAGGGAUAAGUAAAAAAAAAUGUGUUCAAUUUUGUUACCUAUAAAGAGAUAAAUUAUAAAUAAUUACAUGAAUGCGUCCCUAUUAUAGUCUGUAUCAACUUUCAAUCUAUGAAAGGUGCAAAAUAUACACGCGUGCUGACAGUUUGCAAUGUACAUGGGUCUAACUUUAGCAACGUUUUUAUUCAAUAUGCAUGGUGAUUAAGGGUGAUUAUUUUACCAUCAGUGACGUCGAUAUCUGUUAAUGUAAUGGAUUUUAAAAUUCUACAUUUUAUUUUAAUGUCGGAUAAUUAUGAUUGAUAUCUACAGAUUUGAAAUCAAAGGGGAAAGAUGUUAAAAAAGGGGGAAGAACAGUGUGGUUAUAUGUAAAUCCCCUUUUAUACCAUGUAUCUUUCAACGAAAUUGUAAGAUAUUUUGACAUUUUUUUUUGUUAAUAAUUAACAGUUUAAAAAUGUACUGUGGUGAAAAUAUGAUGUAUUAAAAACGCUUGAAUUUGUCAUCAUGUAUGAUAAAAUGUCAUUCCUGUGAUUUAUC